AUGGGCAGCCUGGCAAACGAAGUCGCGUUUACCCCGCCUGCUAAGCAGAAGGCCAUGACGGUAAACGAUAACGACGAGGUGGUCAUUUGGGACGACGCGCCGUGCCCCAAGCUGCCCGCUGACCAGGUCUACGUCCGCAUCGACGCCGUCGCGCUCAACCCCAGCGACACCAAGAUGCGAGGCGCCUUCGCCACGCCGUGGGCCUUCCUGGGCACCGAUUACUGCGGGACGGUGGUCGCGGUGGGGUCCGGCGUCACGCACGUCAGGGUCGGCGACAGGGUCUACGGCGCGCAGAAUGAGAUGUGUCCUCGCACGCCCGACCAGGGGGCCUUUGCCCAGUACACCAUCACGCGUGGGGGCGUCUGGGCCAAGGUGCCCGACGGCUGGGCCACGGAAGCAGCCGCUGCCCUGCCUGCCGGCAUCAGCACGGCCGGCCUAGCCUUGAAGCUGCUUGGCAUCUCAUUGCCGUACACUAGUGAUGAUGCCAAGCCUGUCAAGACGGCGUACGUCCUGGUGUACGGCGGGAGCACCGCCACGGCCACCAUCACGAUGCAGUUCUUGAGAGAGUCCGGAUAUGUUCCCAUCGCCGUUUGCUCGCCUCACAACUUCGACCUGGCCAAGAGGAACGGUGCCGAAGAGGUGUUUGACUACCACGACUCACAAUGUGCCGAAAAAAUUACAAAGAUUGACAAGAACCCCUCUCCUUCUUCUCCCCCUCCUCAGCGUGCCUUUACAAAAAACAACCUUCGGUAUGCGCUAGACUGCAUCACAAACGUCGAGUCCUCCACAGCGUGCUUCAAGGCUAUCGGCCGCGCCGGUGGGCGGUACGUCUCUCUCAACCCCUUCCCCGAGCACGCGGCCACGCGGAAGAUGGUAACGACCGACUGGACCCUCGGCCCGACCAUUUUCGGAGAGGGCUCAACCUGGCCUGCGCCCUACGGUCGUGAGGGCUCCGACGAGGAGCGCGAGUUUGGAGCCCUGCUCUGGCGCGUCGCCGGAAGGCUCGUCGAAGAGGGCAAGCUGCGGCACCAUCCCUUGCGUGUGAUACAUGGAGGGUUGGAGCAGGUGAAGCAAUCGAUGGAGGUCGUCAGGGCCGGCGAGCUUUCCGGCGAGAAGAUUGUCGUUGUAUUUGAGCGCUAGAUCUAGUGGCACAUUGCGAGACUCUACCGUCUUCUAGUCUCUUGGCUUCGAGAUGUGAAGAUGGUUAUGGCAGUUUGAAUGCUAAUACCCAAUCGAAUUUUCGGC